UGGUCGUUGCAGAUUCGCUGAUUCACUGAUUUUCCUUGAAAUGUCAUAUGCUUCCUUAUAAGACCUAAGUAGGUGCGCUUCUUCUCUCUUGGUUUUCUUCCCUCGAUCCUACACGUGUACCUCCAGGACUUCCUCAAGAUGUCGACCAAAUCCUCCAAAGUCAAGAAAGAAGAAGAAUCAUCCACUCUCCUCCAACAAACCGAGAAGAAAGUCUCCCAAGCCCUCACCAUUCUCUGGAACGACCUCCCUCAUUGGAUGCGAGACAACCACUACAUCCUCUCCGGCUACCGGCACCCUUCCAAUUCCUACGCCGGCUCCAUCUCCAGCAUCUUCAGCCUCCACAACGAGUCCGUCAACAUCUGGACCCAUCUCCUCGGCUCCCUUGUCGCCUUUGUCACAGCCAGCAUCCUCUACUUCACUGUCCUUCCCCGUUUCCAUUUGGCUACAUCUGAAGAUGUGGUGGUGUUAGGAUGCUACUUCUUCGGCGCGGUGGUCUGUCUCGGCAUGUCGGCCACGUUUCACACGAUUUCGAACCACUCAGAGGCAGUGCAGAAGUUUGGAAAUCGCCUGGAUUAUAUCGGAAUUGUGGUGUUGAUUUGGGGGUCGUUUAUUCCGUCUAUCUAUUAUGGUUUCAGUGCGGAGCCGGGGUUGGUGAGGGUGUAUUGGUCGAUGAUCACCACAAUCGGAGCUGGUACACUGGUUGUGGUCCUCUACCCCAAAUUCCGCACUCCCGAAUGGCGACCCGUGCGAGCACUGAUGUUCGUGCUCAUGGGCCUGUCGGCUGUGAUUCCCGUGGUUCACGGAGUGUCCAAGUACGGCUACGCUCAGAUGGAACAGCGGAUGGGAUUGUCAUAUGCGAUCGGCCAGGGAGUGUUGUAUAUCGUUGGAGCGGCAAUAUACGCUGGACGAGUACCGGAACGAUUCAAUCCCGGCGCUUUCGACAUUUGGGGCAGCUCGCAUCAGAUCUUCCAUGUUCUGGUCGUCAUGGCGGCUGUGACACAUUUCGUGGGACUGGUCAAGGCGUUUGACAAUGAGCAUAGUGCGAGGACACUGGUUGGUUUCGUUGAGGCGAAGGGUCUUUUGCCUUGGAGUUGA